UCCGGUUGCUAUAGUCCCGACGUCAAACACCGAGUUGGGUACAGGCCUGGUUGUGAGGAACGAGAGGCUUCGGAGGACAAGGAUGUCGCUGAGUGACGGAACCGAGGAGGAUGUGGGGGGUGAGGAUGGAUUGUCUAUUAUUACAUAUGAUUCUGAGGUAGAAAAGAAAUCUAGAAAGAAGAAAUCAAAUAAACCACCCAUGCUCUCAAAAUCUCCAUAUCUUUCAAACACAUACCUACAUCCAAAAAAGGCAGCAGUUUGGAGGUCAUUGAAGGGCACAGGAACCAUCCAUAUUGAAAACCCGUCAGUCAAGGUGCCCAGGGAGCUGUGGGUGGCAUCACUCAGACAGGGGUUUGUUCCCACAGCUGUGUCCCAGUCACUGAAAUCUGAAUGUGACUCUGGAUGUAGUCGGAGCUCAGAGUACACUGGUACACCAGAAUAUUUGAAAGAGGCCCUGGGUAUGAAGAAACCAAAGCAUUCACGGUCAGCCAGUAAUGGCUAUGUUCCUGGCACCCCUGACUACAAGGAGAAAGAAGAUAUGUAUGAUGAGAUUAUUGAACUAAAAAAGAUUAUUCAAGCCCAAAAAGCCGAUUACGAUAUCCUGAAAACAAAGUUGAGACGAUCAGAGGAAGAGAACAACAGGAAAGAGAAACAGAUUGGACAGUUGUUGAAUCAGUCAAAGAGUUCUGAGUAUGCCAGGAGCUUGGUUGAUAAAAAGGAUGAUACCAGUGGGAUUGUUAAUGGAUUAAAACAGAGGAUCUUUAAGUUGGAGCAACAGUGUAAAGAGAAGGACGGCAUCGUAAACAAAUUACAAACUGAUUUGAAGACCACUAAUAUUGAAGAGAUGAAGAUUGCCAUGGAGACAUUCUACGAGGAGAUUCAAAGACUCCGACUUCUGCGAACUAAUAAUGAUACAGUGGAGAAAAAAUCAAUGAUGGAGAGCAGGGAGUUGCAGAAAGAGAUCAAAGUGCUCAAGUCAACUAUCCUCAGAUUAUCUAAAAGCCUGAAACAAUUACAGGAGGAGAAUAAAACCCUGAAGGGCAACCUGGAACAAGAAUCCCAUAGCUAUUCCAUACCCUGUACAGCCCGAGGCUAUAAUGAGUGGACGAAAAGUAGGCUCGUGUGUAGAGUCCUUGAGCUGGAGAAAAAAGUCAGCAAUUCAGACAAUUUCAACUCUAAAGCAGGUAACAGGGAUAUAGAAGAAAAGCUCCCACAAGCUGAAUGUGUCACAGGCCAAAUACAGCAACAGGAACAACAACAGAUCAGCCAUCAGCAGGAGUAUCGUCGCCUCCAGGAAUUAACAAAAAAACUGAAGGAGGACCGCAGCAAUUUGCAGACCCAGCUGGCUGAAAAGGAUGCUGAAGUAAAACAACAGCUUCAAGAAAAGGCAAAACUGGAAAAAGGCUUGCAAAGAUUAAAAGAAAUGGAUAAAUCCAAUGGGGAGUACAAGCAUGAGGUUAGUACUCUGAAGGAAAGGGUAAGACAACUGGAAACAGAACUGGAAGAUCAUCGGAAAAUGAAGAAACGAUUCGAAGUAGAGUUGGAAGAUCAUCAGAGAAUGAAGGAGAAAAAUGAUUUAGUCAAGAAAGAAGAAGUAGAGAUGGAGGAGACAUCUCGAGCUUCUUGCAGCAGCACUAUUCAAAACCAAGUCUUGACAGGGAAUGAAAGAAAUGAGGCCAUCUCUGUAAUCCAGUCCUGCUUUAGAGCUCAUCUUACUCGGACACAGUAUCUCAAAGGAAGGAAGAACCUGUUUGCUGAAGACACCAGGGGUGUCUCAGUUGCUGUGAGGAAAUCUAGCGAUGCCCAGCGCCAGACAAGGUAUUCAGGGUUCUGGAGGGAUAACGAAAGUAGUGAUGAAAUAGAAGAGGAUGUUUUCCAGUAUGAAGAUCCAGAACAUGCAGAAUAUUUGAAGAAGCUUAAAAUCUCACCAAACAGUCCUUCAUCAGUGAGAUGCAGCCAAAGUCUAUAUCAGACAUCAGGAGCAGUGGAAUCUGACAAUUCUGAUGAUGUCAUUUUGUUUUAACUUCAUCAUCGCUGAAAUGUCAAGACUACCUUGAAGAGAUGGAUUGUUCUACUCCAGGAGUCUGCUAACAAAAUGUAUAGAGAGUUGAUGGGGGAGUAGCCAAGGAAGUUUGAUAGAUAAUAAUACCAAACUCAUGGUGCUUAAUAGAAAGGGCUAAUUGUUAACGGUGCAUUUAAUACUGUUUUUACAAAAAUUUACAAUAUGUGAUAAAUCGCUAGAUAUUCAGGGUCAAGAAGCAACUGCAGACAUAGAGGUAAGUUUUCAAAAGAUGACCGAGUACUGUCUACAAAAUACACUUCAGCAUUUCAUCAGGCUUUUUCUGUAUCUCUCACUUCUUUUGCAGUCUAGAAGGAAGAGGGCAGCAGCCCACUACUAGCAAGGUUGAACAUGGAAGGGAUGUUUUCAAUAGUGGAAGUGUCUAGGAAUAGAGGGCACAGCCUCAGAAUAGAAGGAUGUCCCUUUAGAACAAAGAUAAGGAGGAUUUUCUUUAGCCAGAGGGUGGUGAAUAUGUGGAAUUCAUUUGGCAGAGCAGUCUUGAUGGGCCAAAUUGCCUAAUUUUGCUCCUAUUUCUGGUUCCCUCCAGGUUCUGCACCAUUCUCGCUUAGAAAUAUGUCAAUAUUUAAUUGAUUUUGGGUGAAAGUCCUGGAACUCCAUCUCCAACACCAUUAUGUUUUACCACAAUACCACUUUUACUAGGUAUUAUCUAGCAGUAGAAGGCAACAGCCCACCACAUCUUUUUAAUGCCAAUCAGGUUGAAAAUUAAUGCCUACAAUCCAUAUUGGAACAAAAAAUAAAAACGAUUCAAUCAGAAUCUAUUUAAGGUUUGACAGCAGAUUUUUGACUUGAAUUAUUUUCUCUCUCCACAGGCGUUGCUAAGCCACUGAGUACUUUUGGUAUUUUCUCAUUUUACUUCAGAUUUCCAACAUGUACAUUAUGUUGCUUUUUUACUGACCUAUCCAUCCUGGAAACUGCCCAAUGCAAUGUGAAUUGGUCAGUUUCCUGGGCUUUUCACCCAUAGCAUCUUACGGCAUUACUUCAGUUUUUGAAGAGAGGAUUUCUGGGGAGCAACAGCACUAAAUGCUGCCGAUUCAUACCUUGUACAAGCUCUUACUGCAGAUAGUAUGGAUCGAGUCAGAGUGGGUCUAACUCUAAUGCUGAGGCUGGAGUCUCAUGAAUUAUUAUUCCAGUCCUUCUGGAUUGCCCUUUUGCUCAAUAGUUGCUGAAUGGAUAAUGGAUUAGUUAUAAAGCCAUGGUCCAAAUCUAGCUCAUUAUCCAUCAAUGGAAUGUAUAAUUUUACUCCAUCUUUUACCCCCUAUUGCUUAAUUAAAUUUUAUACUACAGCUUUAUUUUUUUUUAGCAAUAAUUCUGCUUAAAGCAAGAGAUAGUGAAUUGGAACAGCUGACAUCUUAAAAUUUGAAUCAUGCCUGUGGAGGAUGUGUGUCCUUUCCACCUUGGGAAGCAGUCUACAGUUCACUGUUACCUAUCAUUUUAAUUCUCCAUCACCCUCCAUUCUGAUUUAUCUUCUUGUGGCCUCUCUAUUGACUUACUGAGUUUCAGUAACAGCACAUCUGGGCUGUUACUGAAACUCAGUAACAAGUUUUGACUCAACGUUGAAUUCUACAAAUUCAGGUGACUUACUUUCUCUAUAUUAGAAUGGGCCAAGCCAUGAAUAUCUGUGUUAUUGGCUCAGUUUUUUUUUUCUUUCUCCAUCCGCAAAGCCCAGUCUGCUAAGCAUUUCCACCAUUUCACAAUUCCUAUAUUGCUUUGCGUGAGGGGCCACUACUGCCCCCAUAAACUUAUAAGUCAGAUUAUCUCACUUACAGCAUCUACAGGGCAAGUCUGACCUCACCCCAUGAACUUAAAAUUCUUAUCUUGUCUCCUUCCCAGUUAUGAUGAGGUGUCUUCAGCCUGAUACAUUAACUGCUUCUCUUUCCACAGAUGCUGCCUCAGCUAAGUAUUUCAAAUAAUUUCUGUUUUGAUUUGAGAAGCAGUUUGCUGUGUAUGUAAGAAAAGCCUGAGUGAUUAUUUACACUGUGAACUAGUUGUUUCUAUUCUGGCCAACAUGUUAUUAUGAUAAGCAGCUUUACUUGAAUAGUCCCUACAAUCAAGACCAAACUGAAAUCUUUAUACUCUGAAAAGUGGAAUAUGGGGAAUGUGCUGAAUUGAUGUCUGUAAUUUACAGCAGUGUAGUUUCCAGGCACCAUAGAUUGGUGUAUCACUCAAUUAUCACCAUCCUGGCAGAGAAUAGUGUUGUCAUCGCCAUGCAGUUUUUCAAAAGAUCUUGAGGUUUGGUUCAGGAACUGCAAUCUGACCAAACCACACAGAGCCAGAACAGUAUUUGAAAAAGUUGCAUCUGACUUUAAUUAUCUUGAGUAAUAUACCUGUCAUCAGGAAAGCCAUGCAGCUUUAACACUUAAGGCACAAUGCGACCUAACAUGUAUCUGAAUUAUGUACAAACCAUACAUCUUAGUUUUCUACAUAGGAUACAGGAACUUCAACAGUGCCAGUUGGAUUAUAAGACUCAACAUUCCAAAAUGGGCAUCUGUAUAGUAUUUAGAAAACAAUUUAUAUACAUGAUAUUACACGGUAAUUCAUUUGACCAAUUAACAAUAUCUGCUACCAAAAUUGUUUCUUUAAAACAAAAAGGUUACAUUCCAGCUCACCAUCCAUUAGAUUAGAUUACAUUCAACUUUAUUGUCAUUGUGCCGAGUAGAGAAACAAAGCCAAUGAAAUACAAUUAGCAUCUAACCAGAAAUGCAAAGAAUGGUGUUAUUUACAAAAUAACUGCAAAUAAAAAGUAAGUGCUACAGCACAGAAAUAUAAAAGUACUGAGACAGUACAAUAUUGGUUCAAUACUGCUUAGCGCUGUGAUGUGAGAUUCAGCAGGGUCACAGCCUCAGGGAAGAAGCUCUUCCUGUGCCUGCUCGUGCGGGAGCAGAGGCUCCUGUAGCGCCUAUCAGAUGGGAGGAGAGUAAAAAGUCCAUGGUUAGGGUGAGAUGCAUCCUUGAUGAUGCUUUUCGCCUUUCCCCACACAGCGUUUAUGGUAGAUGUUCUCAAUGGUGGGCAAUUGGGUACCGAUAACCAGCUGGGCAGUUUUCACCACAUGCUGGAGUGCUUUGUGGUCCGAUAUGGGACAAUUGCCAUACCACACUGAGAUGCAGUUGGUGAGUAUGCUCUCAAUGGUACAGCGGUAAAAGUCCGUCAGUAUUCUGAGACAGAGGUGAGCUUUCUUGAUGCUCCACAGGAAAUAAAUAACUGGGUCUUUAUUGACAGAUGUUGCCUGAUCUGUUGAGUGUUUCUUUGCUCUCCUGUUGAGUAUCGAAUUCCAGACCAUACCACUGUGGGUGAAAGUGUUUUUCUUCUCUUCACCUCCAUGGUCAUUUUUUUAACUACCUGUCAUGUGCUAUCAUGUGAAAAGCUCUCCUAAAAUCCAUAUAAAUAUUACAAGACACUACUCUGAAUAACCCUUCCUAAUGUCUUAAAUAGAUUCUCAUAUUUGAGAUUUUAUUUCUUACUUCUGUACUUAAAGGCAUUUUUUUUCUUAUUCUGUAUGUCUUUUAAAUCAUUUAUAUGAUAUCAGAGGCUAGACUGGCAGUUGGUACCCAGGUGUAAUUUCCCAUAGGAAAGUGAUCUUGGGGUUUGAACUUCAUAGUGCUGUCAGAUGGAAAGAUCCACUGAAGAUGUAAAGCACCUUCUCUCAAGUUGGGAUGUUGUAUGAUUUGGUGAAGAACACUGAGAUAGUUUACCCAGGUAUCUGCUGCCCUCAUCAUUUCUAAUCCAUGGAGGUUGAGAAAUGCUGUGAAGAAGUUUUGACGAGUUUCUGUUGUGCAUCUUAUAGAUGACAUAUAAUUCAGCCAUAUGGUGAAUGAGUUGCCAAAAGACAGGAUUGUUUUAUCAUGGUUUAUGCUUAGCUUCUUCAGUUGUAGCUGUAGCCAUCUUGGCAAAGUGGACAGAACAUUUUCACAAUCCUGAUUUGUGCCUUUCAACUGGUAGAGGUAACGGUAUUGUGGAAGAGCUAUAUAUUGGUAUUUUAAGUGGAAUUUGCAGUGGCAAAUUUGUUUUAGGAAACUGACAUCAUAGCUUUGAAUAAUGUGACCUAUCUGAACAUUUUGAUAAUGAUAAUGAACAUUUUACAUUGGAAAAAAGGAUGUUUAUGAUAUUUUCUGAAUCUUCUCAAUCUUAUA